AUAUUUUACCUUUGAUUCCAAAAUCAUUGAGAACUUUUCAAUUCCUCUCAUCCAAUCGCACGGUGAGAUCAAUAACCGACCCAUCUGUUCCUCUGGUCAUCGCCGUCGACACAAGAUGUUCGCUUGACGGGACCUUUUUCUCGCCGCGCGAUCUUUGCCUCUUUCCUGUAAUUCGCCGUCUUUUGCUCAAAUAAACGAGAUCUGUUUUUCCACGACUGAAGGAGUAUGUCGACUCCAGCAAGGAAGAGGUUGAUGAGGGAUUUCAAGAGGUUGCAGCAAGACCCACCUGCUGGAAUCAGCGGUGCUCCCCAGGACAACAAUAUCAUGCUCUGGAAUGCUGUCAUAUUCGGGCCUGAUGACACCCCGUGGGAUGGAGGUACUUUCAAACUCUCACUGCAGUUCUCUGAGGAUUAUCCGAAUAAACCACCAACAGUUCGCUUUGUGUCUCGGAUGUUCCAUCCGAAUAUUUAUGCAGAUGGGAGUAUUUGCUUGGACAUUCUACAAAACCAGUGGAGUCCAAUAUAUGAUGUUGCUGCUAUACUUACCUCCAUCCAGUCAUUGCUCUGUGACCCUAAUCCGAAUUCUCCUGCAAAUUCCGAAGCCGCUCGGAUGUACAGCGAAAACAAGCGUGAGUACAACAGAAAAGUGCGUGAUGUUGUCGAGCAAAGCUGGACUGCUGACUAAGUAUUAGUUACUUGUAAGCUCUGCUGCAACUCAUCACUCAAUCUCCACCCAUUAAGCAACGUCUUUCUUAUCUUUUCCAUUCAUGUCUUUCUGUGUGUUUCAAAACUCUAAAUGAUUGGAUGCUGUGAUGGCUUCUAUGAAAGCAUCACAUCCUUGUAAAAACUUUGUACCAAAACCUUCUGAAUUAUUCACUUUUUUUCUCUUGUA